AUGCUGCGCCGAAGAAUGGGAUACACCGACCCAUCGUCGGGUAAAGAUAUUCUCGGCAACAGAUCUCUUUGUUUCAUAUUUAUUUGCGCAUUUGGACUCGUCACACUUUUGCAACAGAUUCUCUAUGGGAAAAACUACAUUAAGAGUGCGCAACAGUUUAGCCGACUCAAAGGGGACGAGACAGGAAAUUGGACCGGUCCUGUUAAUUUCUCGGAUGAUGGAUCUCUGAAGCCUGCCAGAAAUGGAAGGAAAAGAUGUUUCCGUCAGAAUUUUCAGCCAGAUUCACAGAUCUCCGUAAUAGUCACACCCUGCCUAGCCGAUAUUAAGAAGAAAAAAAAACGCCCUCAAAGGUAUCUGGAAAACUAUGAUGGCUCCUUUGAGUUCAACUCCACUGCGUGCAGGGAGCUCAGACAGGAGAUUAUGGAUGUCAAAGUCCUGACAAUGGUGAAAACCUCAGACCUGUUUGAGAGGUGGCGAAACCUGCAGGUGUGUAGGUGGGAGCAGAACAAGGAGGAGACCAGCAACUUCAAGAUGUCCCUGUCUCGCUGCUGUAAUGCUCCUUCCUUUUUGUUCACCACCAAGAGGAACACUCCUACAGGGACGAAGCUGAGGUACGAGGUGGACACCAGUGGUAUCAUUCCCAUCACCACCGAGGUCUUCAAGAUGUUCCCAGAUGAUAUGCCGUAUUCCAAAUCACAGUACAAGAAGUGUGCUGUUGUUGGAAAUGGCGGCAUCAUCAAGAACAGCAAAUGUGGAAAGGAAAUUGAUUCAGCAGAUUUUGUGUUUAGGUGCAACAUACCACCCAUUAAUGAGAAGUACUCAGCUGAUGUUGGCACUAAAACCGAUCUAGUGACAAUAAAUCCGAGCAUUAUUACUGAGAGAUUUCAGAAGUUGGAGAAAUGGCGGCGACCGUUUUACGAAGUCCUCCAGAAUUACGAGAACUCCUCAGUGGUGCUUCCAGCCUUCUACAACACCCGCAACACCGAUGUAUCUUUCAGAGUCAAGUACAUGCUGGAUGAUUUCGACUCCCAGAGAGGCGUGUUCUUCUUCCACCCACAGUAUCUGCUGAACCUGCAGCGAUUCUGGGCGGUGCAGGGCGUCCGGGCCAAGCGGCUCAGCAGCGGCCUGAUGCUUGUGACAGCUGCCUUAGAGAUGUGUGAGGAGGUCCACCUCUACGGUUUCUGGGCGUUCCCCAUGAACCCCUCUGGCAUCUUCAUCACUCACCAUUACUACGACAACGUCAAGCCACGGCCGGGCUUCCACGCAAUGCCCCAUGAAAUUUUCAACUUCAUUCACAUGCAUACUCGUGGGAUCAUCAAUGUACACACGGGGCAGUGCACAUGA